UUUCUCGAUAAUGCGUAUAUAUCACUGCCGCGGAUGGACUCUCGGGAGCGGCAACUACUGGUGUCAACCCUCCCUGGGGUAUUUGCUGGUACCUAAUUUCUUUACCGAAGAAGAACUUGGGCCAUGUAGAAAUUCUGUAGAGAAACUUGUCGAUGACCUGGCCCAGAAGUUGUAUGAUGGAGGAAAGAUCAAAAAUUUGUACAAGGAGCAUGACUUCUUCCAGAGACUUCUCUACAUAGAAAAAGAAUUUCCUGGUGCUAAUAUUAUUCUUCAUAAGCUUGGAAGUUUGACAGAGGCAUUCUGUGAUUUAUGGGCAAACGAGAGAUUGCUGAAUGUGGUGGAGCAGCUGAUUGGACCAGAAAUUGCGGGUCACCCAGUUUGGAAUCUCAGAACCAAAACACCUCAGAAUGACGCAACAACUGUACCCUGGCAUCAAGACAGCGCAUAUUUUGACAAUGAAUCCUACAACGUUCUUUACCCAACGGCCUGGAUCCCAUUUUUAGACGCUAACGAGGAAAAUGGAUGCAUGGAGGUAAUAUCAGGUGGUCAUCUGGCUGGCAAAGUUGCAAGACACACCGGUUGCUGGAGGGACACUUGGUAUAUAGAAACAGACGAAGAGCAUGCUGCUAAAACGCUCAAUGUUGAUUUUGUGAAGGACAAAGUGCUGUGCCCAGUACCUUAUGGUGGAAUGCUGCUCAUAAAUAAUAUGAUACCACAUAGAAGCCUUAACAAUCGUUCUGACGUCAUCCGUUGGAGCAUGGACCUCCGCUGGCAUUCGCCAGAGAAACCCGUGGGCUUCUAUGGGUUAAAGCAGAGUGUCUUGAUGAGGUCGGAGAAAACUCCCGUGGAGAAAAUAGACUGGGAAGCUUUCAACAAAGUGGAUAGACAUUCUGAGACUGACAAAAACUGCAAGGACGAAGAAGAUAAAUAUGCGUUUGACACCACCCUAGUUGGGCCAUGGAUGUUAAAAUGGGACAUCACUCACGCAAAUCGCCACACAGAAAAACUUAAAUUAACGAGUCAGUGUUCCUGGCAAAAGUCAUAACUGUAUACAGCUAAAAAUCUUUUAUUUAAAGAUACUACAGAUUUAGAUCUAUAUUCAUUUAUCAAAUCAUCUUCACUCUAUAUGUUAGGGUUUCUGUGAGACGGUCAAUUUUAACCUGACGUGAUCCACUACCGUUUUAAGAAUACCAUUUUUGUUAAAAGUCACCUCACAACAAAACAAGCGAUAGUAACUUGACACAAUGCCUUUUUUUUACUAGCCGUCGGUACCCGUUAAACGUGAAUUAUAAGUCUAUAUAUUUCAAUGCUAUACUUGUUUGAGAAAGAAUUUUAUAUAAAAUAGUUAUGGGUCAAUAUGCAAUGUGCUUUACUACACUUUAACGAUAUUAGUGACAAAGCAAAGAAAUAACAA